ACAACUGUUUACAGUAUGGUUUGCUGAAUAUUUUAAGCCCACCUUUGAGACCUCCUGCUCAGAAAAAAAAGACUCCUUUCAGAAUAUGGCUGCUCAUUAACAAUGCACCUGGUCACCCAAGAGCUCUAACAGAGAUGUACAACCAGACUAAUGCUGUUUGCGUGUCUGCUGACACAACAUCCAUUCUGCACACCUCAUGGAUCAAGGAGCAAUUCUGACUUUUAAGUCUUGUUAUUAAUCAAGAAAAACAUUUCAUAAGGCUGUCGCUGCCAUAGGUAGUGAUUCCUCUGACGGAUCUGGACAGAGUAAAUUGAAAAACUUCUAGAAAGAAUUCAGCACGCUAGAUGCCGUUAAGCACAUUUGUGAUUCAUGGGAAGAAGUCAAAAUAUCAACAUUAACAGGAGUUUGGAAGAAGUUGAUUCCAACCCUCAUGGAUGACUUUGAGGGGUUCAAGACUUCAGUGGAGGAACUAACUGCAGGUGUGGUGGAAAUAGCAGGACAACGAGAAUUAGGAGUGGAGCCUGAAGAUCUGACAGAGUUGCUUCAUAUGGAUGAUCAAAGGAAAUGGUUUCUUGAGACAAAAUCUACUCCUGGUGAAGAUGUUGUGAAGAUUGUUGACAUGACGACACAGGAUUUAGAGUAUUACAUAAACUUAGUUGAUAAAGCAGUGGUAGGGUUUUAGAGGAUUGAUUCCAAUUUUGAAAGCAGUUCUACUGUGGGUAAAAUGCCGUCAGCGUUGUGUGCUAGAAACCACGCGUGAAAGGAAGAGUCAGUCGAUGUGGCAAACUUCACUGAUUGUACAAAAUUGCCACAGCCACCGCAACCUUCAGCAACCACCACCCUGAUCACUCAGCAAGCAGACAUCAACAUGGAGGCAGGACUCUCCAUUAACAAAAAGACUACGACUUGCUGAAGGCUCAGAUGAUGGUUAGCAUUUUUUAGCAAUCAGGUAUUUUUUAAUUAAGGUAUAGACAUUGCUUUUUUAGACCUAAUGCUGCUGCACACUUAACAGACUACCAUAUAGUGUAACAUAACUUUUAUAUGCACUGGGAAACCAAAAAAAUUCAUGUGACUCACUUUACUACGAUAUCACUUUACUGUGGUGGUCUGGAAAGAACCUCCAGGAUCUCUGAGACCUCCGUGAGUGAAAGCCUUCAGAGGGAAGCUGCUAAGAAGCAAGCAAUGAAACAGACCAAACUGGCGAUCCAGAAGGCCCUUGCAGAAGAUUCCACUGUAUAUGAAUAUGACAGUAUUUAUGAUGAAAUGCAGAAAAAAAAGGAGGAACGUAAUCCCAAGUUGCUUUUGGGAAAAGACCGAAAGCCCAAGUAUAUUCACGACUUAGUAGAAGCAGCUGAGAUCAGAAAAAAGGAACAGGAAAAAAGAAUGGAAAAGAAAAUACAGAGAGAACGAGAAAUGGAAAAGGGAGAAUUUGAUGAUAAAGAGGCGUUUGUGACAUCUGCUUAUAAGAAAAAACUACAAGAGAGAGCUGAAGAGGAAGAAAGAGAAAAGAGGGCUGCUGCACUUGAAGCACGUUUGGAUGUAACCAAGCAGAAAGAUCUCAGUGGAUUUUACAGGCACCUAUUAAAUCAAGCAGUUGGUGAAGAGGAAGUACCUACAUGCAGCUUUCGUGAAGCCAGGUCUAGAAUAAAGGAAGAGAAAUCAAGGGGUUAUUCUGAUGAAGUAAGUUCAGAGCACAGAGUACCACAUGAGAAAUGCAUUCUUCAAACUGUUGUGAAAGUGGAGGAAAACCCAGAUGCAGACAGUGACUUUGAUGCUAAGAGCAGUGAGGAUGAUGAAAUGGAAGAAAAUAAUAAAGUGAACUGCAGAAGGGAAAAGGGCACAGAGACCUCUGAGAAUGAUUCCAAGCAUCACAGGAAUCAAAGCUACUCACGGUCAUCUAGUGAAGAAAGAGAGCAUGGGACCAAAGCCCACACAAAAAGUUCAAAGUCAAGAGAAUAUGAGAAAAGGGAAGAUCAGCAUCAAGAGAGACAGUCCAAGGACCAGGAGAACUAUUACACUGAACGUGAUUACCGAAAAGAAAAAAAGGAUUCCCAUAGGCACAGAGAGGCCAGUCAUAGAGAUUCCCACUGGAAGAGGCACGAACAAGAAGAUAAACUGAGGGGAAGAGACCAUAGAGAAAGAAAUGACAGAGAAUGGAAAAGGGAGAAAGACAGGGAGAAAUAUCCCCCAAGAGAACAAGAAAGAGAGAGACAACAAAAUGAUCAUGACCGACACAGUGAGAAAAGAAGAGAGAAGGAAGAGAAAAGCAAAGAAAGGGAAGAGCAUAUGAAAGCAAGGAAAGAAAGAUAUGAAGACACUGAUAAAUACAGAAAUAGAGAAAAACGGGAAGUAAGUGUCCAGUCCUCAGAAAGAAAUCAAGACAGAAAGGAAAGCAGCCCAAAUUUUAGGGCAAAGGACAGGUUUCUUGACCAGGAAAGAUCCAAUAAAACGAGAAACAUGGAAAAGGACAAAGAAAGAAACCCAGAGAAACCCUCUAGUUCUGAAACCUCACUGGGAGCAAAACACAGACACACGGAGGAAUGCCAAGAGAUGGGCAAAGAACAAGAGAGAGCACAUGAGGCAGUGAGUAAGUUUGCAAAGCGGAACAAUGAAGAAACUGUGAUGUCAGCUAGAGACAGGUACUUGGCCAGGCAAAUGGCUCGGGUUAAUGCAAAGACGUAUAUUGAGAAAGAAGAUGAUUGAUGACUGCCCCAAUAGAAAGACCUAUGGAAGCACAGAAAAUUAUGACUCCUGGAACAUGCUGUGUGAACACAAAGGAGUGUGUUAACAGUGGUUGGGAGGGUUUUUUUUUUUUUUUUAAAUUAAACUUUUUAUUUUGAGAUAUUUAUAGGUUCACAUGCAGUUGUGAGAAAUAAGACAGAGAUCUCAUGUACCCUUUACCCAGUUUUCCUGAAUGGUAACAUCUUUAUCAUAACCAUGAUAUUGACAUUGUUCUGUCAAGAUACAGAACAUUUCCAUCACCAUAAGGAUCCUUCAUGUUACCCUUUUAUAAUUACAUCCACUUCCUUCGUACCCCCACCCCUCCUUACCCCCUGACAACUACUAAUCUGUCCCUCGUUUCUGUAAUUCUAUCAUGUCAAGAAUGUUAUAUAAAUGGAUCAUACAGUCUAUAACCUUUUAGAAUUGUUUUUUUCACUCAGCAUAAUUCCCUGGAGAUUCGUCUAGGUUGCUGCAUGCAUCAGUAGUUCAUAUUUUUUUUAUUGUUGAGUAGUAUUCCAAAGUAUAGGUGUACCACAGUUUGUUUAACUGUUCCCCGGUUGAAGGAUUCUAUGCUGGUUCCAGUUGUUGGCCAUUACAAAUAAAUUUGUUAUAAAUA